UUCUCUCUUGCGAUCGUGCAUCUCUCCCUCCCCACUCAGCUUCUCCUCUUCUCCCCCCCCCUUUUAUCAAUUGAUUUCUCCUCACGGAUACUUUACUUCUCUCGUCCGCACCGCAAUCCCUCCCACAUACCACCCUUCCUCUGACCAUAUCCUCUCUCAUACGCAUUCACCAUGGCCGCCCCCCAGUCGAAGUACGACGACUAUGACUUCCCGAUCACUGCGCCGGUUGCUCAGCCUGGUCACCCUGGCCACACCACCCCAGAGCAGGAUGCAAAGGUAGAGCAGUUUCGGAGUGAGCUGGAGCAGCUCGGCUACACUGAGAGGCUGGAUACUCUGACUUUGCUGCGCUUCUUGAGGGCGAGAAAGUUCGACGUGGCGGCUGCUAAGACUAUGUUUGUCGAAUGUGAAAAGUGGCGGAAAGAGUUCGGCACGGACGAUCUGCCUCGUACUUUCGACUACAAGGAGAAGCCUGAGGUCUUCAAGUUCUAUCCUCAGUACUACCACAAAACGGAUAAGGAUGGAAGACCUGUCUACAUCGAGAAGCUGGGCAAGAUUGAUCUCAACGCUAUGUACAAAAUCACCACCGCCGAGCGCAUGUUGCAAAACCUCGUCACGGAGUACGAGAAGCUCGCUGACCCCCGACUCCCCGCUUGCUCACGCAAAGCAGGCAAGCUGCUGGAGACUUGCUGCACCAUUAUGGACUUGAAAGGCGUCGGUAUCACGAGUAUUCCUUCGGUGUAUGGAUAUGUUCGUCAGGCCUCUGGCAUCUCGCAGAACUACUACCCCGAGCGCCUGGGCAAGCUCUACCUCAUUAACGCCCCCUGGGGUUUCAGCGGCGCUUUCAACGCCGUCAAGGGCUUCCUUGACCCCGUGACUGUCGAUAAGAUCCAUAUCCUAGGCUCCAACUACAAGAAGGAACUGUUGGCGCAGGUCCCCGCUGAGAACCUCCCCGAAGAUUUCGGUGGUACUUGCAAGUGCGCAGGAGGCUGUGAGCUAAGCGACCAGGGCCCCUGGCAAGAAGCAGAAUGGGCUAGGGCACCCAAGUGGGCAACACCGAAGGAGGACCUCAACAUUGUGAAGAAUGAGGAUCCAGGUCUCGAGAAGAAGGUCGAGACGCAAGAAGGGUCCCAGGCGACUGCAUAGGAUUUCCUUUCUCCUUUUCCUUCUUGCCUCUUUUGUUUUGGGUCAAUAUGAGCGCUGCUGCAGUGUCAUGCCGCCUCGUCAUAUCACCUAUAGAUGCCCCCCCCUUGGGAGUAGGUUGCAUCAACUGUGCCUUGUCAUCUCCCUGUGAUCGUCUUUGGUUCGCUUAAGUCAACCAUUGACUGUCUACCACCUGAAAGACGGCUGUCGGCCUCGCCAUUUUGUUUUCACUUUGGUUUGAAAUUAGAAUUUUGAACAACGCAACGCGGGCGGCGUGAGGUGCUUUUUAUAGAUG